AAAAUGGAAAAGAACAAGAAGGAACAAAUUCGUUCCACACCCAUCAUCUUAGGACCCGCCAAAUUCUAGCACUUUGAAACGAGGUUAAAAACCUUGGGGCUCUGCCGAGCAAUAAACAAAGCAAACUGUCACGUUUUGCUUCAUGUCGAGCUGAUAAAUCUCUAGCUCGAACACCGGAGAGUGUCUAACCAGAAAAAGACUCUGAACGACCUUCAAUUAUGCCGAGACUAACCUCAUCACCUCCUCGUAUUCAAUUCUUCUUCUUCUGCAUCCCCUGUCUCGUCUUCCUCUGCUCCCUCUUCCAUGUUGCCGAGUCUCAAAUCCAAGACCAAGAGCAGCAAGUCCUGUUGAAGCUCAGGCAAUCCUGGCAAGACCCAUCUUCCCUCGCCCACUGGGUCGCCUCCAAUUCAUCCUCCCACUGCGCAUGGCCUGAGAUCACCUGCCAAGACGGCUCGAUCACCGAGCUCAACCUCUUCAACCUGAGCAUAAGUUAUGCGAUCCCCCCAUUCAUCUGCGACCUCGAGAACCUGACCAAGCUCGACGUCUCCUGCAACAACAUUCCUGGAGAGUUUCCCACGGCUCUCUACAACUGUUCCAAGCUCGUGUACCUCGACCUGUCCCAGAAUUACUUCGAAGGUCCUAUUCCAUCUGAUAUCGACCACAUGGCUAAUCUUCAGGUCCUGAUUCUCGCCGCCAACAGCUUCUCAUUCAACGUCCCAGCGUCGAUCGCGAGCCUGCGGAGGCUGAGGAUCCUUCACCUUUACCAGUCCGAGUACAAUGGCACUUACCCUAAAGAGAUUUUUGGCCUCUCUGAUCUCGAAGAACUGAGGCUCGAGUACAACGACAAGUUUGUGCCGUCGCAGCUACCGCAGAACUUCACCAACCUGAAGAAGCUGCGGUUCUUCUCGACGGCGCAGACAAACCUGUUUGGUGGAAUCCCUGAGACGUUUGGGAAUAUGGAGGCUCUCGAGCACUUGGAUUUGGGGAUGAAUCUACUGACAGGAGAGAUCCCGGGCAGCAUUUUCGCUCUGAGGAACUUGAGCAAGUUGUACGUGUACAACACUAAUGUGUCCGGGUCGAUCCCUCAGGUAGUGAGCUCCAUGAACCUGAGCGUGAUCGAUCUGUCUGCUAAUAAUUUGACGGGGAACAUACCUGAAGAUUUUGGGAAGCUCGAGAAUCUAUCCAGCUUGAAUUUAGAGUUCAAUCAAUUGUCCGGUGAAAUCCCGGAAGGUAUCAGUCAUCUUCCCGCUUUGUCUGAUGUCAGGCUGUCCAACAACAAUUUAUCAGGCACGAUCCCCCCAGAUUUUGGCAAGUUUUCCGCACUCAGAAGAUUCGAAGUGGCCUUCAACAACUUGACUGGCACAUUGCCGGAACAACUGUGCCAUGGCGGCAUGCUGUACGGGUUGGCGACACUGGACAACAAUCUCAGCGGGGAGUUGCCAGAGUCACUAGGAAAUUGCAGUACUUUGUCCAUCGUGAGAUUGAACAACAACGGAUUCACUGGCAAUGUGCCUGGUGGACUCUGGACGUCGCCGAACUUGACGACUUUGAUCUUGAAUAAUAAUGGAUUAACCGGUGAGCUUCCCGAGAAGCUGUCCCCAAACCUCGGUCGGAUCGAGAUGAGCAACAACAGAUUCUCUGGCAAGAUUUCGAGCACUGUGUCUUCGUGGAGGAACUUGGUUAUGUUUGAUGCCAGUCAUAACCUCCUCAGUGGCACCGUUCCGACUGAAUUAACCGAGCUUCCUUCUCUGACGUCGCUUUUGCUAGGUCAGAACGAGCUCUCCGGGAAUCUUCCCACAGCUAUUGUUUCGUGGAACUCCUUGAACACUCUGAAUCUAAGUCACAAUCAAUUGUCGGGACCGAUUCCUAGCAAAAUCGGUCUUCUACCAGUACUCACGCAGUUGGACCUGUCUGAAAACCAACUGUCCGGCUUGAUUCCUCCUGAAAUCGGCCAGCUGAAGCUGACCCUUCUCAAUUUAUCCUCCAAUCGCCUCAGUGGACAAAUCCCAGACGAGUUAGAGAACCCCGCGUAUGACGCCAGUUUCCUGGGCAACCCGGGCCUCUGUGCAUCCAAUUCGUUCAUGAGGCUCAAUGUCUGCAAUUCCCAAUCCCCUAGAUCGAGCAAAGGCUUGCCGACCAAUCUCGCCUUGAUUGUGAUCUUGGCCAUCACAGCGGCGAUGUUCAUUUUGUUGGCGGUGGUAUUCACAAUCAGAGGUUCCAGAAAGAAGAGAGACAGAUCUGAUUCAACUCCGAAAUUGACCCCAUUCCAAAGUUUGAAUUUUACAGAAUCGAAUGUUCUGUCGGGAUUGAAGGAGCAUAAUGUGAUCGGAAGUGGCGGAUCAGGGAAAGUAUACAGAAUUAUCGUGAAUCGUUCAGGUGAGACCGUCGCAGUAAAAAGGAUUUCAAAUAACCGAAAAUUGGACGAGAAGCUGGAGAAGCAAUUCUUAGCAGAAGUGGAGAUACUUGGCAACAUAAGGCAUCUGAACAUUAUCAAAUUGCUGUGCUGUAUUUCUUGUGAGAACUCGAAACUCAUAGUGUACGAGUACAUGGAAAAUCACAGCUUGGACCAUUGGCUUCACAAGACCAAAAGAUCGUCACCCGUCUCAGGUGUAGCCAACAAUAUGUUCUUGGUUUGGCCCAAAAGGUUACAGAUUGCGCUAGGAGCCGCUCAAGGACUUUGCUAUAUGCACAAUGAUUGUUCACCACCCAUCAUCCACCGAGACGUGAAAUCGAGCAACAUUCUCUUAGACUCGAAGUUCAAUGCAAAAAUUGCUGACUUUGGCCUUGCAAGGAUGUUGGCCAAGCACGGAGAAGCCGUUACGAUGACUACUGUUGCCGGUUCCUUCGGCUAUCUUGCACCAGAGUAUGCUCAUACAGCAAGAGUUAAUGGGAAGAUCGAUGUUUAUAGUUUUGGAGUCGUUCUCUUGGAACUGACCACCGGGAGGGAGGCUAACGAUGGGACCAAAGACAUGUGCCUCGCUGAUUGGGCACGGCGUCACGUCCAAGAUGGCAAGCCGAUAUCUGAUGCGAUAGAUGAGGAGAUCAAGGACAACUCGUACCUAGAUGAAAUUAGCAAUGUCUUUAAGCUCGGGAUCUUUUGCACUGCUACUCUGCCUUCCACAAGGCCCACAAUGAAGGAGGUACUGCAAUUGCUGCUCAAAUGCAGUGAUCAGCUUUACAAUGUCGAGAAGAAAUCCCGACACGAGUUCGAUGUCAUUCCCCUCCUCGGAAAUUCCAAGUACAAGGAAAUGCCACGCAGCGAUUAUCAUGUUCUCGAGUGCAACACUUACUGACUUUUAGCACCAGAACAGUUGCAGAAGCCGGGUGAAGGGAUUUGGACUGCCAAUUUCUGUGAAACUUCCUCAACUUAUUCUAAAUAAAGAUAAGCAUCAAACGUUUUGUCUAACUGUGUAUUAGUUUCUGAAUGUGUACGAUAGAAUAUACAGAAUACAAGAGAGAUGGAUAUGUAAAUUUGAGCUAGAUAGAUAGAGAACAAGGUUGUGCACUUUGUGAGCAAACCUAUAUUUAGGCAAUAAAAGAUCGAAGAUGAAGAGCA